AGCAGACUCCACGUCAGACUUUUCCUCUCGCCGUUCAUGUGAAGCGCUGUUUCAUGCGUUCAGUGAUGCCUCUGCAGCCCACAGACGGAGCGAUACAGGGAGAUACUACAGUGUAUGGGACCUUACCAUCUCGAGUGACGUCCUAUAUGAUGAAUUCCGAUUCAUAAUAAUCUGAAGGCAAAGAAAACAUUUCAGCCAAAUUCAGAGGAUUACUCUCGAGGCGAUUCUCGUGCGGCCAGUCUACUGUGUUGACAAGGUGGAGAGAUGUGCACGCACGGAGGACAAGGAGCCUGGAAUUAAUCACAGGAGAGAAAACAUGCCGAAGUUGAGACAAUAAAGAAGAGCUAGUUUUGGGGCCUGUGCAGACUUCCCGCAGCAGCAGUUGGAUGUGCACGUUGACCUGGCCACGAUGACAAUGAAAGGCCUGUCCAGCAGCCGUAGUCACCACCACACGGUGACCUGCGACCCCUCUUACGACUCCAUGACCCUGGGGCACUCGGAUCGUCGGUCCUACUUCCUCAAUCCCGGAGAGUCUCAUCCCGCUGACCACCCCUGCUACACCCAGCGCAGCUCCUUCCAGUCUGAGUGUGGUGGCUACCCUGAUCUGGCCAGCUGCACCUUCCCUCGUAGACAUUACAGCUCCCACCAUGAGCUAAAGGAGGAGUGUGGUGCUCUGGUGCCUUACACAGGGCCAACAGGGAGCAAUAAAGGAAGUGGAGGAGGUGGUGGAAACAACAACCGCAUCCCUUCUAACCUGCUAGAGCAGUUUGACCGCCAGGCACCAGUACGGCGUGAAGGCUACCACACACUGCAGUACAAGCGCACUGCAGUAGAGCACCAGCGCAGUGACAGCCCCGGACGAAUCCGCCACCUCGUUCACUCUGUUCAGAAGCUUUUCACCAAGUCCCACUCCCUGGAGGGGCCCUCAGGGUCUGGUGGAGGAGGAGGGAGUGGGAGGAUGAAUGGCAGCAAAUCCAGUCCUGAUGACCCACCCUCUUCUUCUGGCACCCUGAAGCACAGCAAGCGUAGUAAGAGCAAAGACCGCUCCAAGUCAGAGCCUAAGAUGCGUACUGCCAUCUCAGGCUACUGGAGCUCAGAUGACACGCUUGAUCGUGAGGUAUGUCUCUACCACCAUCACCACGGGGGGAGCAGUGGAGGCCCACCAUCUGGAGUCAUGACCAUGGGGCGCCGCCCGGACAAAUCCCAGUCGCAGUACUUCAUGGAGUCCUACAACACCAUCAGCGCCCAUUCUCUCAAGACAUCACGCAGCAACAACGAUGUGAAGUGCUCGACGUGCUCCGGGAGCAGCAGUGGAGGGCUGCCGCUUGUGGGUGGCCUGGAUGGCCAACUGCAGCUAAAGAAGAGUUCGUGGUCUUCUACUCUGACGGUGAGCAGAGCAAGAGAGGUCUACCAGAAGGCCUCAGUCAACCUAGAUAAAGCUAUAGUGAAAGCUGAGCAGGGACGCACCUGCCACUUCCUACAGGUGCCUCAGGAUGACUGGAGCAGUUUCUCUCCGCUGGGGAAGGAUGAUGAAAUCCCGUGCCGGCGGAUGCGAAGCGGCAGCUACAUCAAGGCCAUGGCAGAAGAAGACAGCGGCGACUCGGACUGCAGCCCCAAACCCUCGCCCAAGGUCCAGGCACGGCGGGCCAGCUACCUGAAGGCUACACAGCCAUCCCUCACCGAGAUGACCACGCUCAAGAUUUCCACAGAGCACUCGCCCAAGCUGCAGAUCCGGAGUCACAGCUAUCUGCGGGCGGUGAGUGAGGUUUCCAUCAAUAGGAGUCUGGACAGCUUGGACCCGGCAGGGCUGCUGGCCUCGCCUAAAUUCCGCUCGCGAAACGAGAGUUACAUGAGAGCCAUGAGCACCAUCAGCCAGGUAAGUGAGGUGGAGGUGAACGGGCAGAUCGAGGCAGUGUGUGAGUCAGUGUUCAGUGAGAUGGAGUCGCAGGCGGUGGAUGCCCUGGACCUGCCCAUGCCCGGCUGCUUCCGAAUGCGGAGCCACAGCUACGUGCGUGCCAUAGAGAAAGGCUGCUCGCAGGAGGAGGAGGAGGGAGGCGUCGUGGUGGGCAACAGGAGGACCAACUCACCCCCGCGCACCACCACCACCGUCAGAACCAUCCAGAGCAGCACAGUGUCAUCAUGCAUCACCACUUACAAGAAGACUCCUCCACCGGUCCCACCACGGACCACCCCAUCCAAACCUUUCAUAUCCAUCACGGCACAGAGCAGCACCGAGUCCGCCCAGGACGCUUACAUGGAUGGGGGCUCCGGCCAGCGGACUGGCAUCAGCUCUCAGCCAGGCCUGUCCAACUCCACGGAGAGCAUCGACAGCAUGAAAGCCCUGACAGCAGCCAUAGAGGCAGCUAACGCUCAGGUGCACGGCCCCGCCAGUCAGCACGUCACCAACAGCACCAUCACCAUCACUGCCACUGCCACCACCUCCGCCGUCGCGCACGUCGCCGCUGACAGCAAAGCGCAGAGGGAAGCGCUCCGCAAGUGCCUCUCCAUAGGGAUCCAGGUGGAUCCAGAGGAAGGAGGGCCGACAGAGGAGCAGUCUAAAUUCCAGUCGAUAGGAAUUCAGGUGGAGGAUGAGCGAUGUUACCGCAGGAUGACCCGUUCCAACAGCGUGACCACCGCUGUGCAGGCUGACCUUGACGACCCCACAGUCGGCCCAGAGCUGCCGCCGCGACACUGUGCCACCAUGCCACGCCAGCACUCCCGCGAUGCUGCUACUUCCACCGUCAGCAUCCAGGGCUCGGGGAACCACUACCAUGCCUGCGCCGCAGACGACUACGGGGAGGUGGGGUUCGACCCGUCUAUCCUGCCCCCUCCAGAUCCCUGGAUGGACAGCGUGGCCGAGCCAGCGGCGGAGGCUUUGGAGGCAGUCGGUCGCUCAGUGUGCCCCCGCGACGGCCGCUGGUUCCUCAAGUUGCUGCAGGCUGAGACAGAGCGUAUGGACGGCUGGUGUAGACAGAUGGGGCAGGAUGAGAUGGAGAAUGAGCUGCCUGAGGAGAUCCUGGGGAAGAUCCGCAGUGCAGUGGGGAGUGCCCAGCUGCUGAUGUCCCAGAAGUUCCAGCAGUUCCGGGAGCUGUGUGAGGAGAAUCUGAACCCAAACGCACACCCACGGCCCAUCUCCCAGGACCUGGCAGGUUUCUGGGACAUGCUCCAGCUGUCUAUCGAGAACAUUAGCCUGAAGUUUGAUGAACUCCACCAACUCAAAGCCAACAACUGGAAACCUCUGACCCCCCCAGAAAUUCAGGAGAGAAGGAUGCCCCCUCCCGUGCCAAAGAAGCCCCUGAAGGGCCACCCUGCCCUGGCUAGGGACCGCUCACUGGAGAGCUCUGAACGCCAGCGACUGGAGGCUCGCAAACGCCUGCUAGCUGCCAAACGUGCCGCAUCGGUUCGGCAAAGCUCUGCUACAGAGAGUGCAGACAGUAUCGAGAUCUAUAUCCCCGAGGCUCAGACCAGACUAUGAGACACGCAAACAAAUGUACCUACACACAUACCCAAUACACUGUCCCAGCCACAAAAUAGCACUGAAUGGUAAGGCUAGGGUGCUAACAUAACAUAUUCACAUUUUUUGCGGACCUCCCAGAUCACUGUGGGGUCAGUGACGAUGGAAGUUGUUUGAACAAGAAAUGUACACUUACGGUAUUUAUUUAUUUAUUUAUCUAUCCCUCCCCUCAUUUCCUUCUCCCAGCUUUGAUGUAGCACUCCCUCCUCUCCCCAACUCCCAAAGAAGUAUCUUACAAAUCCCUUCUUUUUUUUUUUAAGUGACUUGAUAUUACACAGCAAGCCAGGUGUAGCACAGUGGUGAGGCUUCACGUUAAUGUGUUUUUAGGUGUGGAGAAUGAGGGGGGAAAAAAGGGAGGGAGCAUGCGGAGUGUGUAUGUAUAUACACGCAAACACACAUAAGCUUAUGGGAGUUGUAUUUGAUCCGAGCAGCUCAGAUCAAACACAUCAAAUCAAAUGGAGAGACCAGACCUAUUGACUUAUAUUUCACAUUUAUUUAUGCUGAUUUUGUUUUUGUAUUUUUCUUUUUAAAUUCCCAUAAGCUAACUCUGAAAAUACCAUAAGAUGAAAAGUUUUUGAUUUGUAUAAUGAGGUCAAACCUUAUAAUAUAAAGUGUCAGUUAGUGACACAAUUGGGCUUCUGUCUGAAAAUGGGUCUUUCCAGUGGAAGGAGGCGGACCCUGUAGGAAAGGUCAAGAGGUCAGAUUUUGCUCCUCCAGGUGAGGCAGGAGCAGAUUUUGAAACUCUGGAAAGAGUGCGCUUCACUGAAAGAAUCACUGUUCUUAAAUGCCACAAACCUAAUAUGUGUGUGUGAGUGAGAGACAGAGUGUGUGUAUGUGUGUGUGUGUGUGUAUGUUUGGAUUCAGAUGCUCAUUUCAAAAGUGCUUCCUAUUUUUCUAGGUCUAAAGGGUCCUAGUGGUCAUUGAUUAUUAAAGUAGCGAUAUCAAUAAACUGUAAACAAACUACCCAUCUUGUCUCAUUGUAAGCUGAGCAAAACAUGUUUGUAUAAAGGACAUAUUAUAACAUAUCAUGCAUGCUGACACAAGGUAACCAGUAUUUUUGUCUUUUUUUAACAGAUUUAAUCCUUCCUCAUGUUUCAAACUCUUCUGUGUCACAGAGUAAGCUAAAAUACUGAUAUUUGGUACAAUAAUGGUAGUUGUACUAUAUUUUAUUAUGUCAUUUUUAGACAAGAAAGGUUUAUUGACAGUAUUGAGACUACAGGACUGAAAGGGGACUAUUUCUCCUCACUGUGUGUGCACUAUCUCUGCCUCCAAAUGAAGCAAUUAUUUGAAGGUCAUACAAAAAAAAAAUCCAAUUUCUAAUAUUUUGUAUUCAUGUUUAAUUUAUUGAUUAGAACAAUGACUGUUUAUUGACAUUGUGAUUAUGAUUAUGCACUGACAACAAGGCCCUUAUACUGUGUUUAUGUUUUAUUUAUGUUGGCUCUUUAGCAUGACAGGCACCGUUUUGUCUUUUCUGUUUCAGUGAUCAGCCUUAAUUUCUAAUAUGAUAGUUGAGCACAACAGCAGUCUCAGGGGAAGAUGUGAGUGUAUGUGUGUGUGUGUGUGUGUGUGUGUGUGUGUGUGUGUGUGUGUGUGUGUGUGCGCGUGUGUGUGUUUGUGAGAGAGACUGAGAGCAGAAGAGAGUGUGACUGACUUCAUGUGACUGUAUGUGACCCAUGGCUUUGUCUCUACUGUAUAUAACCCUAGUCAUCAGAAUAGGCCAUGAUCUGAAAUAAGGGAAACAGUAUCCACGCCAUCUUUUGAAUGAUGUUCCUACCGAACAUCUCUGCCCUAAUUACUUCAAUGUAACAAGGUAUUUCUGUCAGCUGCUUGAAUGUGGAGACAAUCCUGAGCCGGUUUACCGUCACAUAAUAGUUUUGAUAACAGAAUAGCAGAACUUUAUUUGAGUUGUCAAAUUUUCUGUAUUAAUCUGACAAAGCUUUGUGCCAUUGGAUUAACCAUAAGUAAGGAUAUAUUCCUGCUAAUCGUCCCUAUUUAACGGCCACCUGAUGUUUUCAUUAAGAGAAGUUUGUUUGUGAAGGAACUCAAGUGAUGAAGUAACCGUACAGUAUGAUUUGUAUUUCCUUUAGUUGGUCAAUAUGAAUUUUAGAGAGGAUGCGUAAAAGUAAUAAUAGCUCAAACUUAAUGCCAUUUUAUGUAGAUGAAGGUCAUUUUAGUAUUUUUUACUUUGGAACUAGUAUUUGAAUUGAAUUGUCUGUCAAAUGAUUGACUUCUUAUUUAUGUUUAUUAUAUUAACAUAUCAAUAUAAUACUCCUGGUAUAGCAGGGAGUUAGAAACCAGAAUGUUGGAUUGUGGUUAAAUGCUAAACUCAAAAAGACACUCCAGCAAUCCUGGCAAUUCUGAUGCUUGUGAUGUAGUUAUAUUAAGAAAAAAAACAUUUAAAUAAACAUUUGUACAUAAAUGAAUGUUUCCCUAUGUAAAUGUAAACUAAAAACCCAAUCAAAUAACAUAUUAAGCAGAUAUACAUUUUGUAAUUAAUGUUAUUACACUGUUGAUGUUAUGGCACGUGUAUGAGCUCUUAUCAGCAUUAAAACAAUAUCAUUGCCA